GCUCAUCUGCAACCGUGAUUCUGUUUCGCCUUCUGUCAGUGUGUUCAGGCUCGCUGGGAAAACAGACGCGCAGUUUAGUUUGGAGGCGGUUUUCUGUUUCGGUGAGUCUGAAAGUUUUAGUCCGAGCCAAAAUGGACUGGACGGUAAACUCAUUCGGAUAAGUCGCCCGUGAAGUUGGGAGAAUGAGUUGAGUUGCGCGCGACGGUUCCUCUAAGCUCGCCAACUCCUCUGCGCGCGCACUGCUUCAGCUGCCGCCGCUACUACUCGUCGCUCGUUCGUUUUUCUCUUCGCGCGCACACACCGGAGGGUGAGGAGGGUGAUGGUGAACGGGUGAAAACUGCCCCCUCACCUCCCCGGGAGUGAACGGAGAAGGGAAAAUGCAGAAGAGCGUCCGCUACAAUGAGGGCCACGCUCUGUACCUCUCCGUGGUGGCGCGCAAGGAGGGCACCAAGCGCGGUUACCUCAGCAAGAAGACGACCGAGAACAGCCGCUGGCACGAGAAGUACUUCGCCCUCUACCAGAACGUGCUCUUCUACUUCGACUCGGAGCAGAGCGCGCGCCCCUCCGGCAUCUAUCUGCUCGAGGGCUGCACAUGCGAGCGCGUCCCCGCGCCCAAGGUGUCCACCGGCGGCAAGGAGACCCUGGACAAGCUGCACUACUUCCUCAUUGUGUUUGGCCACGAUGGGCAGAAGCCUCUGGAGCUGCGCACAGAGGAGGAAACGGAAUGUGACGAAUGGGUGGAGGUCAUCCAACAGGCCAGUUACUCUGACAUCAUCAUUGAGCGUGAAGUGCUCAUGCAGAAGUACAUCCACCUGGUACAGAUUGUGGAGACAGAGAAGGUGGCGGCCAAUCAGCUGCGCACACAGCUGGAGGACCAGGACACAGAAAUUGAAAGACUCAAAGCAGAGAUCGUAGCAUUGAACAAAACCAAGGAGAGAAUGCGUCCUUACCAGGUGUACCAAGAGGAGGAGGAUCCAGAUAUCAAGAAAAUUAAAAAGGUUCAGAGUUUCAUGCGAGGCUGGCUGUGUCGGAGGAAGUGGAAGAUCAUCGUUCAGGACUACAUCUGCUCUCCCCAUGCUGAGAGCAUGAGGAAGAGGAACCAGAUCGUCUUCAACAUGGUGGAGGCCGAGACUGAGUACGUCCACCAACUCUCCAUUCUAGUCAACUGCUUCCUCAGGCCGCUCCGCAUGGCCGCCAGCUCCAAGAAACCUCCCAUCAGCCAUGAUGACGUCAGCAGCAUUUUCCUGAACAGCGAAACCAUCAUGUUCUUGCAUGAGAUAUUCCACCAAGGCUUGAAGGCAAGAAUAGCGAACUGGCCCACAUUGGUUUUAGCUGAUCUCUUCGACAUCCUGCUGCCCAUGCUGAACAUCUACCAGGAGUUUGUACGGAAUCACCAGUACAGCCUGCAGGUUCUAGCUAACUGUAAACAGAACAGGGACUUUGACAAGCUGCUGAAACAAUAUGAAUCCAAUGCUGCUUGUGAAGGAAGGAUGCUGGAGACCUUCCUCACAUACCCCAUGUUCCAGAUCCCACGCUAUAUCAUAACCCUCCAUGAACUCUUGGCCCAUACACCGCAUGAGCAUGUGGAGCGGAAAAGUCUGGAGUUUGCCAAGUCCAAGCUUGAAGAGCUCUCCAGGGUGAUGCAUGAUGAGGUGAGUGACACAGAGAACAUCCGCAAGAACCUGGCCAUCGAGCGCAUGAUUGUAGAGGGCUGUGACAUCCUGCUGGACACCAGUCAGACAUUUGUAAGACAAGGCUCUUUGAUCCAGUUGCCCUCAGUGGAGAGGGGAAAGCUCAGUAAGGUGCGGUUGGGAUCUCUCUCUCUGAAGAAGGAAGGAGAGAGACAGUGCUUCCUCUUCACCAAACACUUCCUCAUCUGCACACGCAGCUCAGGAGGCAAACUGCACCUGCUCAAACAAGGUGGCGUGCUGUCCCUGAUUGAGUGUACCCUCAUUGAGGAACCCGAUGCCAGUGAUGAAGACUCUAAAACCUCAGGGCAAGUGUUUGGCCACCUGGACUUCAAGAUCGUGGUGGAGCCUGCAGAUGCUCCUGCUUUCACCGUGGUUCUUCUGGCUCCAUCACGGCAGGAGAAAGCAGCCUGGACGAGUGAUAUCAGCCAGUGCAUUGAUAACAUCCGCUGCAAUGGCCUGAUGACCAGUGUGUUUGAGGAGAACUCUAAAGUGACUGUGCCUCACAUGAUAAAAUCUGAUGCGCGUCUCCAUAAAGAUGAUGUUGACAUUUGCUUCAGCAAGACGCUCAACUCCUGCAAGGUUCCCCAGAUCCGCUACGCCAGUGUGGAGCGGCUGUUGGAGAGGCUGACCGAUCUGCGCUUCCUCUCCAUCGACUUCCUCAACACCUUCCUGCAUACCUACCGCAUCUUCACCUCUGCCACCGUGGUCAUGGACAAGCUGGCAGACAUCUACAAAAAGCCUUUCACCUCCAUCCCUGUCAGGGUUCAGUACCACUCAUUUGACCGCUUGUCCAUCACAUCCAUCUGUCCAGACUACAGCUUGAAGAUCAGGAAGAUAGCCCUGGACCAAUCAAAGUCCUUGGAGCUUUUCUUUGCCACCAAUCAGAACAACCGCAAUAGCAACAGCAGCGACCACCCCAAUGACAAAUCUCCCCGGCUGUGCCGCAAGUUUUCCUCCCCUCCGCCCCUUUCCAUCCCAUCCCGCACCAACUCCCCUGUCCGCGCCCGCAAGCUCUCCCUCAACUCUCCUCUCAACUCCAGAGUGGGCGCCUUGGACCUGUCCACUAACCCCACCUCCUACUCAGCUGCCAGCAGCCCCACCUCCGCCAACCCUACCACCUCCCCCCCACCCUCCACAAACCCCCGCUCCCCACUGGACCUGAGCCGCGGUCAGAGCCCAUCCUCACCUGAACAGAGUCCCGGUGCUCAGGACGACAAUGCUGAUGCUCCCCGUAUAGAUGCCCUCUGUGGAAAACUGCGCCGCAGCAUCAGGAGAGCUGUGCUGGAGUCAGUCUCACUGGACAAGUUCAUCCCUGAGUCUCCUCAAGGCAGCGAAGCAGGAGAUCUCUCUCCUUGUCGAUCACCCUCAACCCCACGGCACCUGCGCUACAGAGGACCUGGAGUCCCGGCGGCAGAGAACUCGCGCUGUUCGGUGUCUCCAGCCUCCGCGUUCGCCAUCGCCACAGCAGCAGCCGGCCACAGCAGCCCUCCAGUUUUCAGCAACUCGGAGAGGAUGUGUGACAAAGAGUUCAUCAUACGACGGGCAGCCACUAAUCGGGUUCUGAAUGUCCUCCGCCACUGGGUCUCCAAACACUCCCAGGACUUUGAGCUGAACAGUGAAUUGAAGAUGGGUGUAAUUGGCCUUCUGGAGGAGGUGCUGAGAGAUCCAGACCUGCUCCCUCAGGAGCGAAAAGCCACCGCAAACAUACUAAAUGCCCUUUCUCAAGACGAUCAGGAGGAUGCUCAGCUGAAGAUAGAGGACAUCCUGCAGAUGGCUGAAUGCCCGAAGGCAGAGUGCUUUGAAUCACUCUCAGCAAUGGAGUUAGCUGAGCAGAUCACUCUCCUCGACCACAUCAUUUUCAGGAGCAUUCCUUAUGAGGAGUUUCUGGGCCAGGGCUGGAUGAAGAUGGACAAAACUGAGCGAACCCCCUACAUCAUGAAGACUAGCCAGCAUUUCAAUGAUAUGAGUAACCUGGUAGCAUCUCAGAUUAUGAGCCACACAGACGUAGGCUCCAGGGCCAGCUCCAUAGAGAAAUGGGUGGCGGUGGCUGACAUUUGCCGCUGCUUGAACAAUUACAACGGUGUGCUGGAGAUUACCUCUGCCCUGAACCGCAGCGCCAUCUACAGGCUAAAGAAGACAUGGGCUAAAAUCAGCAAACAGACAAAAGCUCUCAUGGACAAGCUACAGAAGACAGUGUCAUCAGAGGGACGAUUUAAAAACCUGAGAGAAACCCUGAAAAACUGUAAUCCACCCUGUGUCCCUUAUCUGGGGAUGUACCUAACAGACCUGGCGUUUAUUGAGGAGGGAACCCCAAACUUCACUGAAGAGGGUCUGGUGAACUUCUCCAAGAUGAGAAUGAUAUCUCAUAUCAUUCGUGAGAUCAGACAGUUUCAGCAGACGCCCUACAGAAUAGAUCACCAACCGAAGGUCACUCAGUACCUGCUGGAUAAGGCUUUGAUCAUGGAUGAAGACACGCUGUAUGACCUGUCUCUGAAGAUUGAGCCCAGGCUUCCUGCUUGAACCUCAGCCUCUGCAGCAGGCAGCCCACUUCCAAAUGUGCUUCUCUUUCACGAGGACGUGGUUUCUGUCUCGCAUUUGGUGCCGGAGUUAGGACGUGGGAGGGGAGAGUUGCCAGUGUGGAGACUAAAGAGUGAAUGAGUGAGGAGAGGAGACAGAAAAGUCAUCAUUUUUUCAGCGCUUCAAGUGAAAAUUUCCUCAGUUGAAGUUCCAGUGAAGUGAGGCUGAAUGAGACAUGAGCUAAGUGCACAGCCACUGUCUUGCAGGUCGAGGGUCAAGUGAGUGUUAACGGUCAAAGCAAUGAACAGAGGAAUAUGUAACUAAGAGAAUGAAGAACGUUGAUGUGAAAAGAAGAAAUGUAGCAUGUACAGUAGUAGAACUCUAUGCCAGAACUUACACAGUGUGUUGUGGUAAGGAUUUGCUGUAGAGGCUCAAGAUCUGUUCUCUAAUAGGUUAAUGAUGGUGACUUGGUGCAUGAACUAGACUGUGGGUUUUCUCCAUGUUUUUUGCCUUCCUUAAGUUCGUCAUUAGCCAUUCCCAAUACAUUUGCCACAGGACAGUUACAGCAAACCAAAACAGAUUAUUAUUUUAAUGGGUGAGUUUGAAAAGAAUCCAGAAGUACAGUAGCUUUUUACAGAUUUAUCCAGUUAGAGAGGAUAUUUUAUGCAGAUUGUGCAGCUUAUUUUUCAUAAUGACCCCCCGAAUGUUGUUAUAAUAUUGAAAUGAUAAAGAAAAGGAAUUUAUGGAAAAUGGGCAAUUAUUAUUAUUAAAUGCUUAUAAGGUGCCUUUUUGCUAGUACAUGAAAACCAAUGUCGCAACAAUCGUUACAUAGGAUAUUUAGCCAUUGUAGCAAACUGAUAUCAGACUUUUCAAACUGAUGUCCAAUUAUAUUAAAAGUUAUAGAAAGAAAUAUUUAUUCCAGCAGUCUAGACUUGGAUUGCAGUCAUAGAAGUAAAGCCAGUUAAAGUUGAAGAUAUACUGAUACCUGACAAAGUAAAGGAAAAACCAACAUAAUAUGUCUUAGUAAGAUAUUGGGCCACCACAACCCACCAGAACAGCUUGCACCUUGGCAUAAAUUCUACAAGUCUCUGUAACUGUACUGGAGGUAAGGAACACCAUUCUUCCUAAAGAUAUUUCCAAAAUUGGUGUUUUGAUGAUAAUGGUAGAGAGCGCUCUCUAACACAUUGUUAAAAAAAUCUCCCAUAUGAGUUGAAUUGCUUUGAGAUCUGCUCAAUGCGAAGGCCAUAGCAUGAUUUACCUCGUUUUCAUAUUUACCAAAACGUUCAGUGACCUCUCAUGCACUGUGGCUAGUACAUUAUCAUCUAAGAUGAGACAUCUUCCUUCAGAAUAGAAAAGUUUCAUCAUCAUCAGAAUAACUUUGUAUAGCUUUGCAGUGACCUUUCUCUCUAAAGGGACAAGUGGAACCAAACAAUGCCUGCAAAAUGCCCCCACAGCAUAACAGAGCCAGCGGACACCCUUCACUGUAGGGCUCAAUCAUUCAUCCUGUACAGAUGUCUUGGUAUAUGCCACACAUGCACUCGUCCCCUUGUGGAGCAUUGAAUGUGCACCACAAUUUCCAGCCCUAUUUACUGAUGUCUCUCCAAUAGAUCUAAAUAUAAAUGUCAUUUUAGUGUUUAACAGUCUUUAGCCAAGUCUGAAACUUACUGCUGUGCUAUACAUGCUAUACUAAUGAAUGCACUUCUAAUGUUAGUGUACUCUUUUUGACAUUGUAUUUAGUAUGGUAGUAUGUGGUUUGGUAACUGAAGCUCCUGCCAUUAGUGCCCCAAUAAUGAAUCCUUUUUCACGGUCACUUAGGUCUUUUCCUCUUGACAACUUGAUCCAAAAUCAAGGUCACCAUGGUAGGAUGUUAAGUGUAUCAAUACACAGUAAACAGUGCAAUGUAUAGAAGCAUCUGAACUCAUUUUGUUGCUCCAGUCAUUUAUUCUGGUUUUUCCUUUAGUUUGUUGCCCAUCUGAAUAUGAUUUUGCAGCAAAGUAUGUCCAUCAAAAAAAGUAAAAAAGUAAAAGUAAAAAAAAAAGUUUACCCAGAAAAUUCUUGAAAAGUAAGUUUAGAAUAGGGUCAGCUUGUAGCAGUGAACACAAACAAUGCUUUGAUCAUAUUUUGCACUCAUAAAGUAUCAGAGCUAAUACCAUAUUGAAAGUCAGUAAUCCAAGGACGUACCUUUGGCUAAUCUUACUGGUGAACUUGUCUCUAAAUGCAGAAUGGACGCUGAAUGAUCUUCAUCACUGCCAGCCACCUCCUCAAUGUAAUUGGUUGACUCCUUACACUACAGUAUAAGCUCAAACCUUUCUAUCAGUUUGCAUGCAGAACAAACCAUGUUUGCAUGCUGGAAAACUACAUUGCAAGAGAUGUUUUUUUGUGUUGAUGUUUCAUAGCUGCUGUAUAGUAUCCUUUUUUCUCAAAACCUCAACAGAAUGAUUGAUUUUUCAUUGGACUGCACUUUUUUCCACUCCUAGGGUCAUGAAAGCUGGAAAUUUGAUAUGCAUUUUGUUGGCAGAGAACUGUCAAAACUGGCCAUCAAUAUAUAUCUACCACUGUGCUGUAUGAAGACAAUGAUCAUUUUGUCUGACAACUUUAUUCGGCUAGAUUUAUUUCUCCUCUUGUGUGGAUAUAUACAUUAAAGGUAGUGGUUUGUUUGAGGUGGGAGCAGGUCCGCAAUGGGUGGGUUGCACUUUCAGCAAUGUAGCGUUGCUUACCUGAGUGUUUAAUAGUAGUAUUUAUUUCUUGAUGUAUUUAUUUGACCCUUUUCUGUAUAUAAUAUGUCACUUAUGGGUUUUCGUUUUGUGAUAUUUUUUUAAAUGUAAUACUUUGGUUUGGCAAGCACUACUAGUGUACUGUUCCACUUUGCAAACUAGGCAAAAGAAAUGUAGCAUAUCAGAUUAAUUUUCAGUCCCUUUGUCUUUUUUUUUUUAAUGAAUUCAGUGUCCAGUAGUAAUGUGCACAGAGCAUUGCUGUUGUGCGCUGCAUGUUGUUGCAUGUCCAAGCAGGAUUCCUCAUGUGAAAUGCUUUUUGUAUGAUGUCGAUACGAUUUGUCCUCUUGCUAUAUAUUUAUUUUUUGCUUACUGGUUCUUUCAGAGAAUGUAUAGCUUCAGCACUCCAUGCUUUCAUUUCAAAUAAAAAUGAACAAGUGAA